CCUGUGGUGCUGGAUACAUUAACUAGGUUAUUCAAGAAAACACAGCUUUUCGGACAGCUUGCAAGCUAAAUAUCUGCGACUCGAUUUGCAUGAUGGUUUCGGAAGAACCAAAUCUUCCGAACACAUUUGUGAAAUUGUACUACAUGUUGCAGGAAAUGAAGCCAGCGAACACCGAGAGUGGUGUCCCUGUACUCCAUUCAGCAAAAGAGGGGUGCAAACCCAAGAAAUUCACCCCAGAUGAGGUACUGGUACCAAAUCCCAGCUUCAAAGAAAAUCAAGGAAUGAAAAGAAAGAUACAACCUGGAAGUCUAUCGAUAUAUGAAUUGGAACGGUUGGAAAAUAUCAGACAAAACCAAGUGUUCCUGUCCUCCAUAAAACUGCUUGAGGCCAAGCAGGAUUUGAAACCAGAAAACACACAGCGAGGUCUCAAGAGACAGAACAAUAAGGUAGCCUGGACAGAGAUACUGCCUCCUCGCACCAAGUCCUUGAGAAUCCAGAAGAAGGAAGCAGAGCGACUCCCCCUGCCGCCGGAACCACACAGGAUUUAUUAUGAAGUCGAACGGAUUGAACGUGCCAGGAAGCCAGAGGGUCCCAUUAGUAUGGAGCCAAUCAACAUGGAGGAGGAUAGUUCAAUGCCACCUGAACUUCUCAAGCUGUGGACAGAGGUUUUAAUCAAAGAAGAAAAGGAGGAGUUGGGUCUGGGAGAGUACCGUAGUACUCUGAAGAGCAUGGAGCUGAGUGAAAUUGGAGGAGUAGCUAAGGUGGUGAAGAGUCGUAUCUUCUCUGUUGCCUUCCACCCGUGCAGCAGUCGUCUGCUCAUGGCUGCUGGGGACAAGUUGGGUGGAGUGGGGCUGUGGAACCUCGACUCUGAUAUGGGGGAUGAGGGCGUGCUGCUAUUUGAGCCACACGUCCAGCCGGUGGCCUGCAUGGCCUUCUCCAGGUCACAUCCUACAGACCUGUUGACCCUCAGCUACGACGGGACGCUACGGAGCACAGAUGUGGAGAAAGCCGUUUUUGAUGAGGUGUAUCGGAUGAAGGAUGGCUUGAGAACCUUUGACUUCCUGUCACAUGACUGUUCGACGCUGGUCACCGGGGACUGGUACGGAGACGUUGCCAUCGUUGACAGGCGGACUCCAGGAACCUCUCAUGAGUCCCUCCAUAGCCUGGAUACCAACACUGUUCGCUGUGUUCACGUCCACCCUGUUCAGAAGCAGUACAUCAUGGUGGCUGAGAACAGUAUUGUGAGCAUUUACGAUGCUCGAUGUUUGAAGGCAUCGUCGAGAGAGCCAGUCUCCCAGCUCUAUGGUCACUCAAAAAGCAUCUCAAGUGCCUACUUCUCUCCUGGCACUGGCAACAGAGUAGUGACCACCUGCCUAGACAACAACAUCAGGAUUUACGACACCUCGGAACUAACCUCCAGAGCUCCGCUACUAACCUCCAUCCAACAGAACUUGUACACAGGGCGCUGGCUGUCCAAGCUGCAGGCGACGUGGGACCCCAAGAGGGACGACUGCUUCGUUGUGGGCAGCAUGCAGCGGCCUCGCAGUGUCCAGGUGUUCCAUGAGAGUGGGCAGCUCCAGCACUCCUUCCAGGACCCAGAGAUGACCACCGUGCUCUCAGUCACAGCCUUCCACCCCACCAGGAACGCUCUACUGGGGGCUAACGCCUCCGGGCGGCUGUACGUCUUCACCGACUGAGAGCAGGAUGCCUGUAUGUGUUCGCUGCCUGAGAGGAGAAACCUGGGCCAUUGUUCACAAAACAUCUGAGUAAGAGUCCUGAUCAGGAUUAUUCAUUCUCCCUAUUAUUCAUUAUGAUCUGGAAGGCUAAAUUGAUCGUAGAUCAGCACUCCUACUCUAAAAUGUUUCAUGAUACGGGCCCAGAACACAUGCUUAGAAUAGACCAAAAUAAGUUGUUUUAUGUGUCUUGCAAGCUGCCUUUGCUAUUGUUGUUUUCUAUCAAAUUAUUGAUGUUUUGUUAGUUUAAAUAAAGUUGUAUAUUUAGCCGAAGUUGUGCUUUUCAUGUAGUUUAGCUCUUUCAUUGGCUGUAUUGUACCCGCAGUGAAUUUUGUGAUUGAUGGUUUUAUUCUUUCAAUAAAAACUACCGGAAUUCA